GCUGCUAGUCUCGAAUGCUGGCUAACGAUUGGCUAACAGCUUGUGUGGAGUCAGCGCCCUCUUUCGGCUCCCGAGUUUAUAAAUCAAUUGCGCAAUAGCCGUUGCUAAACUUGACACAGUUGACACCUAACCUUUUGUGUGGAGAAGACAGCAGCUAGAACAGAAACGAUGUCUUCAGAUAGCUUUACACCAGGGGAGCCUGACUCCGCUUCCAGUAAACUGCUGAGGAAGUCCCAGGAAUCUCCCUUUGUCCCUAUAGGAAUGGCUGGCUUCCUGGCUGUGGUGGCCUUUGGCCUUUACAAGCUGCGUAGCAGAGGUGAUCAGAAGAUGUCUGUGCAUCUCAUUCACAUGAGAGUUGGUGCUCAAGGAUUUGUGGUUGGUGCUGUAACAUUUGGUGUUAUGUAUUCCAUGUUCAAGGAAUACAUUAAGCCGCUUUUUAGUAAUGCAGAUGAGAAGUGAGCAACGGCAGAUGACUUGCAGCAAAUACACAGCAUCAAAUGAAUUUGUGAAUAUUUCCUUCUGUAUUUUCUAGGUUGCUAUAAGGCAACACGUAAAACCGUACCCUCAACCGCACAUUGUGGUCUACAAAUCUGUUCUGUGAAGCUGUUUAUAUCUUUGAGAAAUCACCAGAUCAUGUCCCCUACAUUACAGAGCAUCUGAAAUAAAGCACUUCAAUCUUA